AUGUCAGACGCAUUAACAGAAGCCCAGGUUGCCGAGUUCUGGGAGGCCUUUUCUCUCAUUGACAAGGACUCGGAUGGUGGGUUUUUCUCUCCAACUUUAGGAAACUGGGCGCUGGAAAUGUUUUUUUUGAAUUAUUGGGUGCUGCAUCUACUUGUAGGCCACAUUACCAUGGAAGAACUGGCAACGGUGAUACAGUCAUUGAACGAGAAUCCCACAAAAGAAGAGGUUGGAGACAUGAUUGGUGAAGUUGACGCUGAUGGAAAUGGGACCAUAGACUUUGAAGACUUCUUGAAUAUUAUGGCAAGAAAAAUGAAGGAAAAUGUUGCCGAGGAGCUAAAAGAAGCCUUCAAAGUAUUUGACAGGGAUCAAGAUGGUUACAUUUCAGCUAAUGAGCUGAGACAUGUAAUGAUAAAUUUGGGGGAGAGAUUGACAGACGAAGAGGCUGAACAGAUGAUCAAAGAGGCUGAUUUAGAUGGUGAUGGCCAAGUCAGCUAUGAAGAAUUCGCAAGAAUGAUGAUGCUAAAUUGAUAUAACUCCAAAAGUAAUCGCAUUAUAUAUGUUGUGCAAUUGUUGUUGUUAUUAUUAUCAAAAUGUCGAAAUUACAUGGUUAACAAGGUA